GUUUCGCGCCUUUUGACGUUUAUCGCAAUUUUUAUUUUGAGCACACACGCUUUGGUGGAAAAUUCAACACACCAAAAAGUCGUCCUAGUUCAUUCAGUUGUGAAGCAUCUGCCGACCAAGCAUUUGUAAAUAAGUCAAUCUCUGCUCUAAUCCCAAAUGGCUUCAGAUUCAGACCGAGACUGGGACCUGUGCUUCGAGACAAUAAAUAAACUCGUCGAUGAAGCUGGAAAAAUUAUUGCCAGCCGGAAUUCAGGAGCUAAGACCAUAUCUGAAAAGACGGAUGAUAUAGAUUUGCUGACUGAGACGGAUCAGCAGGUGGAGAAGCUCCUGACUGAGAAUCUUCAUGCCAAAUUCCCAUCUCACAAAUUUAUCGGUGAGGAGGCUUUUGGAGAAGGCAAUAAAUCCCAGCUGACGGAUGAUCCCACCUGGAUUAUUGAUCCCGUCGAUGGAACCAUGAAUUUUGUGCAUAGUUAUCCACAAUCCUGCGUUUCAGUUGGGCUGUGGGUUAAUAAAUCCCCAGAACUGGCCAUUGUCUUCAAUCCUGUCUUUAACCAGAAAUUCACAGCUCGCCGUGGUCAGGGAGCUUACUACAAUGGUCAGAAGAUUCAUGUUUCCGGCGAGAAGAACAUCAAAAAAGCCCUCAUUACCACAGAAUUCGGAACGAGCCGGGAUCCAGAAAAAGUUCGAGUAACUCUCGAGAACCUGGCCAAGGUUGUUCCUGCUGUGCAUGGAAUUCGUGUGACUGGAUCCGCCGCUCUCAAUAUGUGCAUGGUGGCUCAGGGAGCUGCAGAUCUCAAUUAUGAGUUCGGACCCCAUGCCUGGGAUAUGGCGGCUGGAGACUUAAUUGUCCGGGAAGCUGGAGGAGUCACAAUGGAUCCAUCUGGAGGACCCCUGGACAUCAUGUCAAGACGCGUCUUGGCAGCAAGUUCUCAGGAAUUAGCCGAAGACUUCAUCAAGCUCCUGACUCAGUUCUAUCCACAGCCAAGAGACGAUUGAAUGUCCCAUCCGUGAAUUCUUGUUACCAUCACCUUCAUUGAUGUUGGAUUGUAUCUAAUUUAUUACUCAUUGUUUUCAUGUUAGCCGAGUCAUAUUUGUGGAAAUAAAAUUGCGUAGAAUAAACAAUUGUA